CAACACUGGAAAGAGAGCGGAUUGUUUUCUAACAUCAGAUUAUGAGCUAUGUUGUGUUCCAGAUAUAUUUGUGUCUUAUCAUGCGGAUACCCAACACUGACCCCAUUUCCCCUCUAAGCAAACCACUCAGUGUUACACUGAAUUAUUGUGGUGCUUUAAGUGAGUAUGUGACACAGUGAGAAGUGUGUCGACGCAGUACUGGAGGUGAACUUCUUUGCUAGCCAGAAACUACAGUAGCAGCAGCACCGCAAGUGGCGACAACGCCAGUCAGCCUUGUAGGACAUUUGUCGCCGCGGUUACAUUUUUCGUUCUGAACAACAACGUUCGGGAUACAAUUUAAAUCGGAACAGUAACAUUACAUAUGCGUUACACAUUUUUGAAGAAGAGAGACAGACUUAAGUUCAACGACUUCCUAAGGUGAACGAGGCUAGCAUCUGACGUUAACCUAGCCGACGAGCCUUGCCAGAGAUCUCUCUUUUCAGUCUAGCAAUUUAGGCUUUUUUUUUUUUACUGGGGUUACACUCAAGAAACUUUCACAGAUUGUCACACUAAAUACAAAAUAUGGCGCGCGAAGCUGGCUAGGCUGACCCGGUCUGCGGCAGUCUUUUACAGACUUCAAAGCGAGUAACGUUGGCUGAAAUUAGACGGCUUCAAAACAAUAGCAGUAGCAGGAGAGAAACUGGACUCCCCUGACUCUGCAUCCAGGUCAAAGAUGGAGUUAGCAGCGGCUCACCCGGCUCUCAAAGCCUUUAUGUGUGGCUCUCUCAGUGGCACCUGCUCUACGCUGCUCUUCCAGCCUUUGGAUCUGGUCAAGACACGGCUGCAGACCAUACAAAAGAAUGCCAAGCCAGGUGCUCCAAAGGUGGGGAUGGUUACCGUAUUCAUCAAUGUCAUUAGGACAGAGAAGUUCUUCAGUCUGUGGAAGGGAGUUUCACCGUCAUUUGUGCGCUGCAUCCCUGGUGUGGGCAUCUACUUCAGCACCUUCUACUCCCUGAAGCAGCACUACUUUAUGGAUCGGGCACCCAACGCUGGCGAGGCUGUUCUGCUUGGAGCAGGUGCCAGAGCUGUGGCUGGUGUCUGCAUGCUGCCCUUCACAGUCAUUAAGACCCGCUUUGAGAGUGGCUGUUACAACUAUGUGAGUGUGGUGGGGGCUCUGAGGAGUAUGUAUGAGACAGAGGGAAUCAGGGCUCUGUUUUCUGGCCUGACCGCCACGUUGAUGCGAGACGCUCCCUUCUCCGGCAUCUACGUCAUGUUCUACAGCCAGGCCAAGAAGACACUGCCUCAAGAAGUGGCUUCGUCGCCUUACGCUCCGCUGGUGAACUUCAGCUGUGGGGUGGUAGCAGGCAUCAUGGCGUCGCUGGUCACACAGCCUGCCGAUGUGGUGAAGACCCACAUUCAAAUCAGCCCCUCCCAUUGGAGCACGGCAGAUGCUAUUCGCUACAUCUACAUGGAACAUGGAAUAGGUGGAUUUUUUCGCGGGGCUGUACCAAGGUCCCUGAGACGCACUCUGAUGGCUGCUAUGGCUUGGACUGUCUACGAGCAGCUGAUGGCUCGAAUGGGCCUCAAAUCCUGAAGCGCAACAGUGCUGAGCCACAACAAAACAGGAUGACACACGAGGGCAUGAUGAUAAUCAGCGUUUUGUCACAGAAAGCCCCAUGACAGAAAGAAAAGAGAGCCGAGGAGCUCAUAGAGGCGGUGAAUGAGUACAGCCAAGAUUUUGAAAAGAGGAACCAGGUGGAUAAAUGUCUGAAAAAGUGCGAGUGCUGCUCUGUGUGAGAGUGUGUGUGUGUUUGUUGAUAUUUGUGUGUACCUGUCUGUGUCUGUAGGUGUGUGAUUUUGAGAUUAUGAUGCUACACCUGAAACACCUGGACUGAAGUGACCCUCCCUGCUGUGAAGUGAAAUUAUUCCUCGUCUCACUGCUUAUUUUUGGGCACCCUGAGGUAUGGCUGCCACAAAAAGAAAAAGAAAAAAAGAUGCCCUUAACGGAGGGUCUGUUACCGUAUUAGGCAGCAUAGUUUUCUUUUUUGGUUUUGUUUUGUUUUAUUUUUUUAAUGCUGUCAAGACAAACACAAGACAAACGGGACCCUCAGCUGGCUUGCGUACGUACAUCAGCUGAGGUAGCCAAAAACAAAGCACUGCAGAGAGAGAGAGAGAGGAGCUCGGCCUUCUGCCAUAUUUAUUAAAUUUGCGUAAGACUGGGCAAUGUUUCUUCCUUGCCAGUUAACAGGCAGAUUUAGAUAUUUAACUUGUUACAGACAAUCACAAACACUUCCGGAAGCUGGAUUAUGGGAAAAAAAAUCACAACAAAGCCUUAGUUGCCACACUGCACAAAUUUAUUCUAAUUUAAAGUUUACAUACACACAGCUAUGGUGCCACCUCUGACUAAGCAUAGUGCAAGCAGAUAGUAAUAAUAGCGACAUCUGGGCUUUGAACAUUACUGAAAAUUAUUCAGACCUGUGAUGUCAUCUCAGUCAGAUUAUGUGGAUUUAUUUUGGGACUGAAUGCAUUUUUUAAGACUAAACAACACACAUUAAGUAAAUGUUUAAAUGACACGGUAGUUAACAGUUUUAUUUUUCUAAUGUUUUAGAUUUUGUUGGCGUUAGUUACUUCUUGUGUUUCAAAUGACUAGACCGUGAGCAUAUUUUCACAACGCCAAGCCCGCAAGUGAAGCAUUGCUUACUCAUUGUGCCACUAUGUGACAUUUUCCACGUUCUUCUUGGCCUUAUCAGUUUUUGAUUAAACACAGAAUAAUUGGUUGUAACAAAUAGAGACCAUAUUUAUUUGGUCCAUAAGUUAUUUGUAAAGUGUGCCCUUUGCUAUAAAUAGUAUUUAUUAUUGUCGAUAUUAAAAAAAAAGAGCUGAUAUAUUGAAGAUAUUGAUUACAUAUACGUGUCUAAGGAAAUAAAGCUAAAUGAAACAUCACUUUAGUGGGUACUUAACUGUCCGAACGGGAUGAGUCAUUCUGCAUCCAAGGUGUAAACACUCCAAAGGUUUUUAGAAGUCUUGGUUACAAGACGAUAAGCUCGCUGCAGUGAAGUGUGUAAUAUAACAGGAAGGUUAUGUAGCAAAAGGAAAAAAUAGUUGAGUUGAUUUCUAUAGGCCUCAGUGUUUGCUGUGUAACACAAACUGUAUCUGACUGUGCCGUUUUCCCUCAUCCAUCAUCAUCAUCACCACCACUCUUGCAGUCUCCGUUGAUCCUAUGUUGACUAUAUUGCAUAUGGUGACUGUUAUUGUAGAUAUUUGGUCUGUGCAUGCGUUUGCUCAGACAGACGCUGUGCCUGCCUGGUUUUUAACAUCAAUAAAUUUUAUUUUGUAA